GGGAGGGCUGUUUCCCGGAAGCUGACAGUCAGCUGCUCUGUUUAUUGAGACUCAUUUCAGAUUAGAUCGUUGCAGAUAGUUGGAUUUCGGUCUCUCGCCUCAUACAGUCUUGCUUUACCUUGUUGUCUCUGUUGACCAUGGACGAAACAAGUCCGCUUGUCUCCCCGCUUAGGGAUUCCACGGAUUUCAGUUACUGUCCCACGGAGCCUACCAGUCCCCGAGGCGUAUUUGGGGGGACGCCGGGUUCGGUGGUGCGGGUGUCGGCUGGGAGCCCCGGACGCAGCCGGGAGCGGCAGCCGCUGCUGGAGCGGGACAGAGGCGGCUCUCCGCGGGACGCGCACAGGAACGAAUUCCCCGAAGAUCCGGAGUUCAGGGAGAUCAUCCGGAGAGCUGAGCGAGCAAUCGAGGAGGGUAUCUUCCCUGAGAGGAUCUAUCAGGGCUCCAGCGGCAGCUACUUCGUGAAAGACUCUCAGGGGAAGAUCAUUGGUGUAUUUAAGCCCAAGAAUGAAGAACCCUAUGGCCAGCUGAACCCUAAGUGGACCAAGUGGCUGCAGAAGCUGUGCUGUCCUUGCUGCUUUGGCCGGGACUGCCUGGUGCUAAACCAGGGCUACCUGUCUGAGGCUGGGGCCAGCCUUGUGGACCAGAAGUUAGAGCUCAGCAUCGUGCCUAGGACCAAGGUUGUUUACCUGGCCAGUGAGACGUUCAACUACAGUGCCAUUGACAGGGUUAAGUCCCGGGGAAAGAGGCUGGCUCUAGAGAAAGUGCCCAAGGUGGGACAACGAUUCCACAGAAUAGGACUUCCACCCAAGGUGGGUUCGUUCCAGUUGUUCGUAGAAGGGUACAAAGAUGCGGACUUCUGGCUGAGGCGAUUUGAGGCAGAACCUCUGCCGGAAAACACUAACCGACAGUUGCAGCUGCAGUUCGAGAGGCUCGUGGUUUUGGAUUACAUCAUCAGGAACACAGAUCGAGGGAAUGACAACUGGUUAUUAAAGUAUGACUAUCCCAUGGACACUGGAGGUGUCAGGGAUGCAGACUGGGUGGUGGUGAAGGAGCCUAUCAUCAAGCUAGCAGCCAUAGAUAAUGGGCUGGCUUUUCCUCUCAAGCAUCCGGACUCGUGGCGGGCCUAUCCCUUCUACUGGGCCUGGUUAGCACAAGCAAAGGUUCCCUUCUCACAAGAAAUUAAAGACCUGGUCUUGCCCAAGCUCUCUGAUCCCAAUUUUGUCAAGGACUUAGAAGAAGACCUUUAUGAGCUCUUUAAGAAGGACCCAGGCUUUGACAGAGGGCAAUUCCACAAGCAGAUUGCUGUAAUGCGGGGACAGAUCUUAAACCUCUGCCAGGCACUAAAGGAUGGAAAGACACCUCUGCAACUGGUCCAGAUGCCACCAGUGAUUGUAGAGACAGCACGAGCCCCCCAGCGAGCCAGUAGCGAGUCUUAUACCCAGAGCUUCCAGAGCCGAAGGCCUUUCUUCACUUGGUGGUAGAGCAUAGAGAGGUGGGACCAGUGGAGGGGCCAGGAACGGGACCAGUGCCCUCGGCCUCUUUCUACCAGAGGAGUGAUAGCAAGGGGUGGGAGGCAUGCUAAGAGGGAGAACAAUGAAGAGCUUCGUAAAAUGGUGCUCUUUCAAGUCCUUCCUCUGCCAUUGUCACUGUGGAUGGAGCAUAAAUAUUGAAGCACCUUCCCUUGUUCUGUUUCCUGUGCCUUCUGCUGUCCAAAGAGUGGAGAUGGUGAGUUGUGAAGAAUAGCCUCCCAUUCAACUCAUGUUCUCACUGUCUCUCCUCAUCACACUCUGGCAUACACAUGCAAGCAAAUACAUGCACACACCUUUAGUAAUUCUCCUGUAUUUAACAGGGCUUGUUUACAUUCCUGAAGGCCUCCAUGGUUGCUAAGCAACAUGUUUUACAUUGUGGUUAGUGAUGAGGGAUAUGGAUGAGGACCUGCAUGCCAAGCUACAGGCUGCCUGUGUCAAUUUUGGGCCCAGUGUCUGGAGGAACAUUGUUCCUUCUCUUUUACCUUGGGUACUGUGGCCACAGCGUGAACUGUGACGAUCCUGAACUGAGGAAAGGAUUGCUGCUUUGAUCCAGGGUUACCAGAGGCAGACUGCUCCCUAGUCCAGUACUGUUGUCAAGGAAGGCUGAUUUUUAACAUUGCUUGUCUCAGAUGGUACCUGGCUUCUUUUAUAUUCGGACCAUUGCCUGAUUUUUAUUAUUUAUUCUUU